AUGGAUAGCUACAUCGACAACGAUACGCUGUCUUCCACCGUGGAUUAUCCUAAUAUCGGAUAUCAGCUAACAGUAGGAACUUUGCUCUACGCUAUAAUACUAGUGACAGUUCUUGGCAAUAUUCUGGUGAUAUGUUCAGUGGUAUCUUUCCGUCGUCUGCGAACUGUUACAAACUAUUUCAUAGUCUCAUUGGCAGUGUCAGAUCUGACCAUAGCUACCGUAGUUAUGCCGUUUAGUGCUGCCAAUCAAGUCUUAGGAUAUUGGUCGUUUGGUACUAUUUUCUGUAAUAUAUACGUCUGCUUAGAUGUGUUAUGCUGCACAGCGAGUAUAAUAAACCUGUGUAUGAUAUCUCUGGAUCGAUACCUCGCCAUUACUUCGCCGUUCACUUACUACCGCCGAAUGACGCCAUUGACAGCCUCCAUUAUGAUAACAGUCACAUACGUUGUAUCAGUACUGAUAUCCGUGGUACCAGUAAUUCUCGGACUUCACGAAGACGACCGCCAUCGGGACUUGUACGAUGACCCAUAUUUCUGUGUGUUGCUCUUAAACCCAACAUAUGCGUUAGUAUCAUCAUUGAUUUCUUUCUAUGUGCCGACAAUUGUCAUACUAUUCACGUAUGCCAAAAUAUUUUGCGUGGCAAAGAAACACCAACAAAAAAUACACGCACAAGAAGAUACAGCGAAAAGAAUGAAAGUGUUGAGCGCUAAGGAUGGGAAAAAAAGAUUUUCAAUGACCCGUGAAAGGAAAGCAGCUAAAACACUGGCAAUAAUUGUAGGAGUGUUCAUACUUUGUUGGCUACCAUUCUUCAUUCUUAACAUCAUCGAUCCUUAUUGUUUUGGAUGUGUACCUGUUACUUUGUUUACAAUAUCGGUUUGGUUAGGGUACAUCAACAGUUGUAUUAAUCCAUUCAUUUACGCGUUUAACUCAGACUUCAGGCGUGCAUUUCGAAAAUUGCUGUUUUGUUAUAAAUGUAGAGGUAUAUAUGACAGGGAAACAAGUUCGAUUGAAGCCAGCAAAACGCAACAUGAGAGAAGAGACUCUAUCUCGCAUGUUUCUUGUGGACCGACGAUGGCGCACUACAAUGACCACAACAUAAACGCAAUAACAACCGAAAACAACCAUCUGUCACCUAAUCACACGUGA